GUCAAGAACCACACUAUUCUCCCUUUCAAUUCCCAAUUAAAUUUCUCUGCCUCAGCCCUUUCUUUUCAACUUCUCCUCACUUUCGUGGAAAGCCUCUUCCUUACUAUAUCAUAACUCCGCAACUUUGUCAACUUCAUCUUUCGAUCACAUAGACUUGUUCCAAACCUCACCACUGUGUCACUCAUGGGAAACUGUUUUGGAAAGACAGAUGAUGCUAACAACGAAAUUCGAACGAUCAAUAAACUUCCCCCAGCGAGAUCAGAGAAGAAGGAAACGGUGGAAGGAAGAAAGGAGGAGGAUUUGAGGAAGCUUAUAAAUUACACUUUGGAUGAUUUGAAAAGUGCGACAAGAAACUUCAGACCGGACACGGUCCUAGGUGAAGGUGGUUUUGGACGUGUUUUCAAAGGGUGGAUUGAUAGCAACACGUUCAAACCUUCGAGAGUUGGAGUUGGAAUCCCCGUUGCGGUGAAGAAAUCUAACCCCGAUAGCCUUCAGGGUAUGCAAGAAUGGAUGAGUGAAGUGCAAUUUUUGGGGAGGCUCUCUCAUCCAAACCUAGUUAAACUAAUUGGCUACUGCUGGGAGGAUAAUCAAUUCCUGCUGGUGUACGAAUACAUGCAAAAGGGAAGUCUUGAAAGCCACCUGUUCAGAAAAGGUCCAGAACCACUUUCAUGGGAUAUAAGGCUGAAGAUAGCCAUAGGAGCUGCCAGAGGCCUAGCUUUCAUGCACACAUCAGAGAAAACUGUCAUAUAUAGAGACUUCAAGUCCUCAAACAUUUUGCUAGAUGGGGAUUUCAAUGCAAAGCUAUCAGAUUUUGGGCUGGCAAAACUUGGCCCCGUCAAUGGUAAAUCCCACGUAACCACGCGGAUCAUGGGCACCUAUGGUUACGCUGCACCUGAAUACAUGGCCACAGGGCACCUGUAUGUUAAAAGCGAUGUGUACGGAUUCGGCGUUGUUCUGCUAGAAUUGCUAACGGGCAGAGCAGCUCUGGACACAACCCUACCCACAGAUAUGCAGAAUUUGGUGCAGUGCAGUAUGUCAUCUCUGAAUGACAGAAAGAGACUGCAAAAGAUAAUGGAUCCAAAAUUGGACUACCGAUAUUCACCAAGGGCAGCGUUUCACAUAGCCCAAGUUAUCAUCAAAUGUUUAGAAUCUGACCACAGAAAACGACCCUGCAUGGUGGAUGUUUUGGCAACCUUAGAAAAAGCACAAAGUAUGAAGUACAAACCCAAAGGGAACAAAGCCUCCGCAAUUCGUCAAACAUCAGACGUGCAUCACCCGAAUUACCCACGUUCUUCACCAUCACCGCUUCACUACAAAAACAACGAUUAGGUUACACCCCAAAUCACCGACUCUUUCUACCCCUAUCUUUUCUAAGCAUUUGUAUUCAUAAUUUACCUCUUGUACCUCUACAGUUUUACAUUUCACUACAUCAAUCUAAAAACCAUUCCUUAUAAUCCA